UAAUGUUAUUUUAGAAAUUCAAUCAGAUUCAAGUUGGCUCCCUUGUCAUCAACCCCACUGAAUUUACGUUCCCGAUAUAUAUUUUUUAAUUUUCUUGCUGAUAGAUAUAUUUUUUUAUAAUGUUACUGAGAACAACAAAUCAGCUGCGCAAUGACUUGGCUCGGGUGACACUACGUAACGCGGUGAAAAGUAAUGUCGUUCGAUGUUUAACAACUCGAUGUCUUCACAGAAAAUUAAAUCAAAGAUGUCAAGGAAUAAAUGCACAAAAAAUAUCAGUUGGACCAUGGAAACAACAGUUUCGUUAUUAUGCAGAUUAUCCAGAUCAUGUGAAGGUGACAUUACCAGCAUUGUCACCAACAAUGGAAACUGGCACAAUAAUUACUUGGCAUAAAAAAGAAGGUGAUAGAUUAACAGAAGGUGAUUUAUUGGCUGAAAUUGAAACAGACAAAGCAACAAUGGGUUUCGAAACACCUGAAGAAGGAUAUCUUGCUAAAAUAUUGGUACCAGCUGGAACUAAAAAUAUAACAAUUGGUUCUUUAGUAUGUAUUAUUGUUGAAACUGGAGCAAGUAUUGCAGCUUUUAACGAUUACAAAGAUGAUGGUUCAUCAACACCAGUUGCUCCAACUCCAGCUGCAGCAGCUCCAUCUCCUCCUCCACCACCACCAUCACCACCUAAACCAGCAUCAGCACCAGUUGCAUCAUCAACUUCAACUCCAUCAUUGCCAACUUCUUCUGGUGAUAGAAUUUAUGCAAGUCCAUAUGCUAAAACAUUAGCUGCUCAACGAGGUUUAAGUCUUCAGGGAUUAAAAGGAAGUGGAUUAUUUGGUUCAAUAACAUCAAAAGAUCUUGAGGGUGCAUCACCAGCAACAGCUGGUUCAAUUGGCACUGCAUUUUCUGGUGGUGUUGAUAUGCCUGUUUCUAAUAUACGUGGUGUUAUUGCCAAACGUUUAUUGGAAAGUAAACAAACAAUACCACAUUAUUAUUUAACAAUUGAUAUUAAAAUGGAUAAUGCAAUGGCUAUGAGAGAACAAUUUAAUAAAAUGUUGGAAAAAGAUAAAGUUAAACUUAGUAUCAAUGAUAUUAUUAUCAAGGGAAUGGCAAUGGCAUGUAAAAAAGUACCAGAGGGUAAUACUGCAUGGAUGGGUGAUGUUAUUAGACAAUAUGACAAUGUUGAUGUGAGUGUUGCUGUAAGUACUGAUUCUGGUCUAAUAACUCCAAUAGUAUUUGGUGCUGAUUGGAAAGGAAUUGUUGAAAUUAGCAAAGACGUUAAAGCACUUGCUGCUAAAGCACGUGAAGGAAAACUUCAACCCCAAGAAUUCCAAGGUGGUACUAUUACAGUAUCAAAUCUUGGUAUGUUUGGUGUUAAAAAUUUCUCAGCAAUUGUUAAUCCACCACAAUCAAUUAUUCUUGCAAUUGGUACAACUGAAACAAGACUAAUUCCAGCAAACAAUGAAAGAGGCUUCACAACUGGUCAAUUUAUGUCAGUAACAGCAAGUUGUGAUCAUAGAACUGUUGAUGGUGCUGUUGGUGCACAAUGGCUCGCUGCUUUCAAGAGCCUCAUGGAAAAUCCAACAACAAUGUUACUCUAAAUAAAUAAUAAUUUAAUAACAAGAAAAAAAAAAAA